AUGUCUCCCGAGCGAGAACUUCCUCACAAUCCUCCGCAUACCCCAAAAGUCCAACAGGAUUCUCUCUCUAAUACGAUCAUGAGGAGAAGUCUCUUUUGGGUCAGCAACGUCCACUGCGCUUCGUGUGUGGCCUAUAUCACCGAGGUCCUCUCUGAGAUUCCCACAGUCCAAGAUAUCGAUGUGUCGAUCUUGACACACGAAGUGCGUGUAUCUCAUGGAACUUCCGUACAAGCAGCAGACUUGGUUGCUGCUCUAAUUCAAGCUGCCUUCGAAGUUCAUCAUGCCACGACCUACGAUGACCGGGGAGUCAUCGUUUCCGAGCUUGAUACAACGUUGUGGAAUCAUCGUGGUUCGGCACUUUUCACGCCUCGUGCCUCUUAUUCUAGCCUCUCGUCCAACAUCAAAGAACGGCUACAUAAUAGCCGAGAGAAACGUCAUAUUGCCAACUGUGAUGCUUGCAAGAAAGAAGAAGCUCUUGAACUGUCUCGGAACUCGACCCAGACUGAAAUUGACACUUUCAAUGAAAAGUCUCCUCGGGUUCCCACCUGGAAGGAAACUGACGACGAUGAACACGCUCGACGCACUGAAAAAUUAGAACAAACACCAACAAGUCCAAUUUCUCACACGCCGUCGUCGGCUGCCACCUCGGAAACUCGGGUGGAACGUUCAACGGGUUUCUCUAUAUCGAUUCCCCCCGAAAUCAAUGAAACGCCUCAAUCACCGCCAGCUGACACGAGCCAAGAUUUCGCCGCGAGGAUCAGCCUUAGUGGCAUGACUUGUGCAUCCUGUGUCAAUAGUAUUACUGGUGCCAUUCAAGAGCUUGAUUGUGUUAAGGAGAUUACCGUCAACCUGCUCACAAACAGCGCGGCUCUUAUAUACACAGGACCUCGAGGAAAUAUUGACACCAUCGUUGGGGAAAUCGAGGACAUUGGGUUUGAAGCCUUCGUUGAUGAAGUUAACCCAGUUUCAAGGUCCUCGAACCCUCAAACGGUUCCAACAACAUAUGUUACUGAGAUUGCCAUCACGGGCAUGACUUGUGGCUCCUGCGUAGGCACAGUGACUCGAGGCUUAGAAGAGCUAGCCUUCAUCCGCAAUGUCUCUAUUAAUCUGCUGUCUCACAGUGGAAAGAUUGAGUUUGAAGGACGAGAUAACUUGGAUCAAAUUGUGGAGAAGAUUGAAGACAUGGGAUAUGAUGCUGCCGUUAGCAGUGUCCAUGCCAUCUCUGCAGAGGAGGAUGUCUCUGAACCCGUUCAAAAGAGAACGAUCUCGAUCCGUGUCGAUGGCAUGUUUUGUCAUCAUUGCCCAGAGAAAGUCCUGGCAUCCUUGGAGCUGCUUCACAAUGUCACCGUGGAAGAGGACCCCACCGAGAAACAGCCCAUUAUCAGGGUCACGUACACUCCUGCGCCGCCUACAUUGACGGUCCGUUCAAUUCUCACGACCAUCAAUGAGGCAAAUGGUGCGUUCAACGCAAGCAUAUACCACCCGCCUACCAUUGAAGAUCGCUCCCGAGCGAUGCAGCUCCAUGAACGACGCAGGCUACUUGUCCGCCUACUAUUUGUCUUUGCCGUCGCAAUCCCGACCUUCCUCAUUGGAAUCGUGUUCAUGUCACUCGUCCCGUCUCAAAACUCGACCCGGAUGUACCUGGAGCAGACUAUUUGGUCUGGCAGUGUCACUCGCAUCGAAUGGGCGUUGUUCAUCAUGUCAACGCCGGUCAUGUUUUACGGAACCGAUGUUUUCCACACACGCGCGCUAAAGGAGAUUCACGCUUUGUGGCGCCCAGGAAGCCGAGUUCCCAUUUUGCGGAGAUUCUAUCGCUUUGGCAGCAUGAACCUCUUGAUCUCGGCAGGCACAGCAGUUGCUUACUUCUCUUCUCUGGCCGUGCUGAUUGUUGAUGCGGUGGUUGGAACUAAAAUAAGCGCGCAUAGUACCACCUACUUUGACUCUGUCGUCUUUCUCACAUUGUUUAUUCUGGCUGGUCGUUUCUUGGAGGCAUACAGUAAGGCCCGGACUGGUGAUGCCGUUUCCUCCCUUGGCAAUCUUCGCCCUUCCGAUGCCUUGCUAGUAGAGAAUCAGGCCAUGGGUGUGGAUUCUUCCGGUGCACUUGGCUCAGAUCAAGUGACUCGCGUUGGCAUUGAUCUCCUCGAGGUCGGCGAUAUGGUUCGCAUUCCUCACGGUGCAUCUCCGCCGGCCGAUGGCCUGGUGGUUGGUGAAGGUUCCUACCAGUUUGACGAGAGUUCUCUCACAGGCGAGUCUCGGCCUGUCAAGAAAACUGUCGGUGAUCAAGUCUUCACUGGGUCAGUCAACGUGGGCCAGCCUGUGCAGAUUCGCAUCACUGAGCUUGGUGGUUCAUCUAUGCUCGACCGAAUCAUCGCCGUGGUUCGCGAGGGCCAAAGCAAACGCGCUCCCUUGGAAAGGGUUGCCGAUCUGCUCAUUUCCCAUUUCGUUCCUGUCAUUACCUUGAUCGCUAUUCUUACCUUUGUCAUCUGGCUUGCCCUUGGCCACUCGGGUGUCCUUCCUACUGACUAUCUCGACAUUGCUCGUGGUGGCUGGACUUUCUGGAGCCUGGAAUUUGCUAUUGCUGUCUUUGUCGUUGCCUGCCCAUGUGGCCUAGCACUAGCUGCACCUACUGCCCUCUUCGUUGGUGGUGGCCUUGCGGCAAAGCAUGGUAUCCUUGUGAAAGGUGGAGGUGAAGCCUUCCAGGAAGCCAGUCGCCUUGAUGCUAUCGUGUUCGACAAGACCGGCACUCUAACCGAGGGAGGAAGCCUCAAAGUCACAGAGCACGAGGUUCUGACCAAGGAUGAUGAUCUUCUGAAAGUCGCUUGGACGCUUGCACGAAAACUGGAGGAGAGUAGCAAUCACCCCAUUGCCCAGGCAAUCUCUACUUUCUGCCAAUCACAGUCCAUGGUCAAUGUUGUAUCCUCCGAUAUCCAAGAAAUUUCGGGUCAGGGAAUGAAGGGCGUUUUCACAGUGGCAGUAGAGAACUCUGGCAGCAGCGAACAGUAUGAAGCUGCAAUUGGCAAUGAGCGCCUUCUUUACAGUGUCCUCCCAGCCAACAGCGACACAUACUUCGUCUCCAGUCUGCUCUCAAAGUUUCAAUCGGGCGGCAAAUCCACCGCCAUCCUAUCCUUGCGUCGUAACUCUUCCGAAUCAUCACCGUUUGUCCCGGUGAUCGUCUUUGCGACAUCGGACACGAUUCGACCCGAGGCAGUUGAUGUUAUCUCUCAACUCAACAAACGGCACGUUGAAGUCUUCAUGUGUACGGGUGACAACCAGAUCACUGCGCGCGCAGUCGCCGAAAUGCUGGGUAUUCCCCGUUCGAACGUCAUGGCCAACGUGUUGCCGGCAGAGAAGGCCAGCUUUGUGCGGCAAGUCCAAGACGGCUCCGUCCACGCAACAGCACACAGCUCCGAGGCGCAGGGUCCUCAAGACAAGACGGAAAGGCGUUUCAUUGUUGCCUUCGUCGGAGACGGAGUCAAUGACUCACCUGCCCUUGCUGCCGCAGAUGUUAGUAUUGCAAUGGCAUCCGGCUCGGACGUCGCUAUCAACUCUGCCAGCUUCAUCCUGCUCAAUUCAGAUCUGAGUACAAUUUUACAACUUGUCAUUCUCAGUCGUCGUGUGUUCAACCGUGUCCGGAUGAACUUUGGAUGGGCUGUGGUUUACAAUCUGUGUCUUGUUCCCGUCGCUGCUGGUGUCUUCUACCCGAUUGUGAGUGGUCAUCAUCAGAAGGACAUUGGUGGUGAAAUGAUCACCGUGAAUGAACACUGGAGGUUAAGCCCUGUAUGGGCUGCAUUGGCCAUGGCGCUGAGUAGUAUUUCGGUUAUUUCGAGUAGCCUGGCUUUGAGGAUUAAUAUGGAGAGUGUGAGGAGGUUGUUGACUUGGAAGAGAUCAGAGCGUGAUUCAUGA